GCAAGCUUUUCCAGGAGCUGCGGACCGUGAGCGAGGUUCUCCCGCUGCAACGACCUGCGUCGGCUGCGAGGAUUGAGCGCUCCCGUCCGAUAAACGUGAGGGAGGUGCAUAAUGAAUCCAAGUAUGAAGCAGAAACAAGAGGGAAGCAAAGAGAACAUAAAGAAUAGUCCUGUGCCCAGAAGAACGCUGAAGACGAUUCAGCCUUCUGCAGCUGGGUCCCUUGUUGGAAGAGAAAAUGAGUUGGAUAAAGGCUUGUCCAAAAGGAAACACUGGAACGACCAGUUAACAUCUAAGGCUACCAGCUCUGGAGUUGUUACUGUCCCAGAACACAGUGAGAAUAAAAAUUUUAGUGAAGUUACUCAAGAAGCAUUUGAUCUUAUGAUUGCAGAAAACCCAUCCUCUCAAUAUUGGAAAGAAGUGGCAGAAAAACGGAGGAAGGCUCUCUCUGAAGCACUGAAGGAAAAUGAGCAACUUCAUAAAGAAAUUGAACGGAAGGACCGUGAAAUCGCCCGCCUGAGGAGGGAGAACGCGGCGCUGGCCGAGGUAGCCGAGCACGUGCAGUACAUGGCGGCGGCGAUAGAGCGACUGCAGGAGGAGCCUCUGGAUAACUUCAAAUCACCAAGUAGUCAGGAGUGUGACUCGGAAGAGGAAACCGGUGAGGACUCGGCUGUUGAAGACCCAGACGUUGUUCCGUGGGCCGAAGAGGCGGUGUCUUCCUCUACAGAUGCCAGGCCCGGUGUGUGACAGUCACGCGUGCCUGACUCCCGAGAGACGCUGCCGGAGUUUACCUCCACUAGCGUUCUUGGUAGCAGAGCAACGGCUA